AUGCUUACCGACGACUCAGUUGAUGUCGGCAUGGCGUAUUUUCCGAUAGACCGACAUCCCGCUCGGUUCAUUCAUCUCCUGAUUCUUUUGUUCUCCGCUGUUCAUCCUCGAUACAGCUCCAGCAUACAGCAGGAAAGAUCGGCCAAGCCUAAGAUGUAUAAUCAACGGAAAGAUACACAGUCAACAAUGUUAUGGGCGAUGCCUUUGUUACAAGAACCACAUGAGGCAAUUGGAGCAUACGAUCUCCGAUUGGAGAUGAUGAAGACCAAAGCCGAGGCGGAGCUCACAGAGGAUGAUCUGGAUGAGACAAUGGCCUCAAAUACCAUGGCAGGGGAGGUAGAAGCCGAUAUAAACAAGGAGUCCUGCUUCCUGUAG